CCUCCCCCCGGCCACCCUCUCGCCCCCAGCCGGCACAGAUGGUCCCAGGAUCGCCUAUGGUGUCAAACGCUUUCAGCUGUUGCUGGCUUAGCAGGAAAGAAACUCCGAUGAAAGUUUUUGGUGGGCAAGUUAAGAAAGCCUCGGCAAGCGAGCUACAUAUCCGUGACAUCAGUUUUAAAACAAGAAAAAGGAGUGAACGCAGCGUAAUAUAGGGCACGCCAGCAUUACCAGUUAGCUAACUUUUUCCAGACUCCUGUCUCCGAUCCAGUCUUGGGGGAGAAUGCGCUAGCUAAUAUAGCAACGCGUCAAAAUAGUCAAUAACCGACUUGCAGACUGUUAUUACUUCGCCUCUGAAGUUGUUUUUUGGGUGUUUAAAAAAAUAAACGAAAAAGAAAGCGUCGAUUCGCCAAUUCACAAGUGACGGGCGGCAUCUAAGAAGAACAUUUUAGGAUAAAUCUACAUCAGUAUUCCUGUCAGAAAUGGCCAGACUGCUGGAGGGGGAUAUACUGGCCAGUUUGCGAGCCUGCAGCGCCCGGAAAGCGGCGAAAUAAGCAGCCCACCUGUUUGUUUGGGGCUUUUAUCCCACUGUCACUUCGGUUUUCUUCGUCACCGAGACAGACCAACGCGGCCAGGUAAACAGAGGCUUGCGGGCCAGUGGCCUGAAAGGAGGGAUUGUCUGGUGUCUCAGAGGCCAGACCAGGCACCCAUUCACCACGGCUCAGCUCCAGUGUCCCAGCGGGGUCUGCUUGUGGAUUACCAGUGCCUCCAGGCCGACUCUCACUGUGCCCCUAAGCAUGCGAAAGCCUUUGCACUGCAUUUCUGCGAGGAAGUGGUUUUGAAGUCCUUGCCUGGCAUGCGUGGUACAGAACUGAGCAUGAUCUCAUGGAUGUAAUCUGCAACUGACAUCGAUCGCCCAUCUUCAGUCCCAGCCCCCCGAACCUCUGCCUCAACAUGACGGACCCCUCCCCGCUGGUCUUGGAAGGGACAGAGGCCGGCAUGGCUGAGGUGGACACGUGCACCCUGGAGAUCGAGCGCAAGUACGAGGUCAUCCCAGCCGUGAUCUGCUCCAUGUGCUUCCUGUUUGGCAUCAUCUACUGCUUCUUUGGUUACCGCUGCUUCAAGGCCGUUAUGUUCCUGUCUGGCCUGAUGUUCGGCUCGGUGGUCGUCUUCCUGCUGUGUCACAGAGAGCGACUGCUGGACACGGAGCUCAGCGUCGAAACCAGCGCGGGAAUCGGCCUUGGGAUCGGUCUGCUCUGCGGGAUGGUUACCAUGCUGGUGCGCAGUGUUGGCCUCUUCAUGACCGGCCUGCUGCUGGGGCUCCUGCUGGCUGUCGCCGCUCUAGUGGCCAUGGGCCAUUUUUACACACCAGGUACGGUGUGGGUGCCCCUAGGGGCGCUGUUGGGCGCAGGCGUGCUGUGUGCCGUAUUGGCGCUACAGUGGCAGAAACCGCUGACGGUGGUUUCUACCGCCGUGUUCGGCGCGGCUGUGGUGACAGUGUGCGCGGACUACUUCGUGGAGAUGUUUGCCCUGGCAUCACACGUGUACAACUGCCUACGCCUGGCGCCCACCCCUCCGCUCUGCUGGUACAGCUGGGUGAUCAUGGGCAUCUGGCCGGCCCUCAGCUUCAUGGGAAUGCUGGUCCAAUGGAAGCUCACCGCCGACGGAUACUCCCACGCCGAGGUCAUCGUCAGCAGGAGGCAGAAGAAGGUCCAGCUGAUGCGAAUCCGGCAAAGAGAGGCCAAGAAGCAGCAGCAGGGAGGGGGUCAGCUGGCCACGUAUCGCCGCAAGGCCACGCCAAUCAAGCGCUAUGCUGGAGACAUCCUGGCACCGAGUUACCUACAGAGCCUGCGGGAGCGUCAGAUGGGUACAGGCACCUCCAUGAGCAGCCUGGGCACCACCAACCACACCACCCUCGACUACGACUUCGAGACAGGCUCCACCGUUCCCCUGACGGCAACCAGCCCUGUCGUGCGGGUCUGAGGCCGUGUCCCGGCUUGGCUGAUACUGGGCCAUGCUGAGUCUGCUCUGUGAAACGCUGUAGCUCUCAAAUUGACUCGAUUCUUCAUCGCUGGAGAAGAAUCCAGAGAUCCUGUCAUGCUGUCUGCCACAAGGGAGCCGAUUUCUGCCCGUCUAGUCAGCCAUAGGAAUCAUGAUGAAGAAAGAAAAGUCAAUCAUGCUAUGAAAUUACAUAUCUGAAACGUGUGCAAUCAUGUAUGCAAUUGCUGUCAUUGUGGUACAGUUGAAAAGGUAUUUGAAUAUGAGGAAAUCCACGUGCAUUCUGUGAUUGCCAGACUCUGUGAGGUGACAUCCUCAUCUGUCUUCCAUCGGUGGCAGAUUUAAGGUGAUCUUUGACUUUUUCACUGGUUAUUUCGACUUGUCCUUUUAUGGUAGGAUGCAGUAUCUGUCUUAGAGUCUGUGCUUAUGAUCCACCAGGAUUUUCACAGACGGUAAAUACUCUGAUCUGUUUAGUGUGUUGCUGACUGUUUACAGUGAGGACUGUAGAUUCUUAUGCUUUAGUUAAAAAUAUUAAAAGCUUUUUUUUUGUGAAAAAAGUGACACUGCAAAUGAUUUUCCUCUAAUUAGUAUACAGGAAUUGUAUACAAGGUUCUUUAUUAUUAGAAACAGGUGAAUUACUUCCCUAAUGUCUUAACCUGAUAAAUGUGAUUGACAGGUUACAUAGCAAUGAGUACUGUGUUUUCUGACAACCAUGGAAAAAAAAAACAAUCUCCAUGGCAACCAAAGUUUUGUUUAUGUUAUAAAUGGUUGCCACACCUGGCUUUCAGAUUACCUGGAACAACAGGUAACUCAAGUUCAAUUUCCGUCUGUGGCGUGUGUCAUAAUGAAAUUAAAGAAACUACAUGAGCAGA